AUGACACUCCUGUGUCGACAGCAGCCACUGUUGAGAGUCCUGCGUACCAACACGGGCCUUCCGAGUCUCGCCGCACCUCGACCGGCUUACAUUGACAGGAAGCACUCGUCCUCAACAUGCAAGAAACAGGCCCAAGCUGCCCAGCAUGAUAAUAUACCAACACACAAACUCUCUCCCCUCCAGCGCAAGUUCUGGACCUGUCGCUCCACGUGGCGACGGGCGGGCAUCAACACGCUGCGAUGCCUGAUCGGAUGCUCCAUCGGCGACUUUUCGGCCCUGUGGAUGCUGCAGACUUAUUUUCCCGCUCUGGGGAUGGGGACUAUCAUGGCUGCAUCGAUGGCCUCAGGCAUCACAACGUCCAUCAUACUGGAGACUGUCCUCCUUCGACGCGGCCCUGAUAGGCUUUCGUGGUCGAUGGCCGCUCGGACGGCAAUGGGUAUGAGCCUUGUCUCGAUGCUGGCUAUGGAGGCUGCGGAGAACCUGGUCGAUUACCAUCUUACUGGUGGUGUCGUGGCCCUCGAUGACCCCCGCUUCUGGAUGGCUGCUGUGGUGUCUGUUGGUGCUGGCUUUCUGGCGCCGCUGCCGUAUAAUUAUUGGCGGUUGAGGAAGUUUGGGAAGGCUUGUCAUUGA